AUGUCCACUAAGGACCGGUUUGGACUGGGACAUCAGUUGAAGAAGUAAGUGUUUGGUGGUGCUAAGAUGUAGCUUUAUACACUAGAGGACUCAUAUUACUUGUUAGAUGUAAUAUACAGAUAAUGCAGACAUUUGUUCCUGGUUUCUCUCCAGGAUAAUGCAGACAUUUGUUCCUUGUUUCUCUCCAGGAUAAUGCAGACAUUUGUUCCUGGUUUCUCUCCAGGAUAAUGCAGACAUUUGUUCCUGGUUUCUCUCCAGGAUAAUGCAGACAUUUGUUCCUUGUUUCUCCAGGAUAAUGCAGACAUUUGUUCCUGGUUUCUCUCCAGGAUAAUGCAGACAUUUGUUCCUGGUUUCUCUCCAGGAUAAUGCAGACAUUUGUUCCUGGUUUCUCCAGGAUAAUGCAGACAUUUGUUCCUGGUUUCUCUCCAGGAUAAUGCAGACAUUUGUUCUUGGUUUCUCUCCAGGAUAAUGCAGACAUUUGUUCCUGGUUUCUCUCCAGGAUAAUGCAGACAUUUGUUCCUGGUUUCUCUCCAGGAUAAUGCAGACAUUUGUUCCUGGUUUCUCUCCAGGAUAAUGCAGACAUGUGUUCCUUGUUUCUCUCCAGGAUAAUGCAGACAUUUGUUCCUGGUUUCUCUCCAGGAUAAUGCAGACAUUUGUUCCUGGUUUUUCUCCAGGAUAAUGCAGACAUUUGUUCCUGGUUUCUCUCCAGGAUAAUGCAGACAUUUGUUCCUGGUUUCUCUCCAGGAUAAUGCAGACAUGUGUUCCUUGUUUCUCUCCAGGAUAAUGCAGACAUUUGUUCCUGGUUUCUCUCCAGGAUAAUGCAGACAUUUGUUCCUGGUUUUUCUCCAGGAUAAUGCAGACAUUUGUUCCUGGUUUUUCUCCAGGAUAAUGCAGACAUUUGUUCCUGGUUUUUCUCCAGGAUAAUGCAGACAUUUGGUCCUUGUUUCUCUCCAGGAUAAUGCAGACAUUUGUCACCCAGCAGUGGAAACACCAAAGUGAGGAGAAACUCAACUCCCUUCACAACAAAAACAAGAACAAGAAGAAGGUCAAAUCUCCCCUCCACAUCUUCUCAACCCUCCGCAGGUCAGAGAACAUCAUAGCACUGUCAUUUUCACAGCACUGACAUUUGAUGUCUAACAGAAGUAGGGUUGCAAAAUGCAGGUAACUUUCCUAAAAUUCACUGAUUUUCUAGAAAUCCUGCUUGGAAGAUUCCCGGGAUCAGGAGGGAAUAAGCAGGAAAUACUGAAUCCUCCAACCAGGAAAUACUGAAUCCUCCAACCAGGAAAUACUGAAUCCUCCAACCAGGAAAUACUGAAUCCUCCAACCAGGAAAUACUGAAUCCUCCAACCAGGAAAUACUGAAUCCUCUAACCAGGAAAUACUGAAUCCUCCAACCAGGAAAUACUGAAUCCUCCAACCAGGAAAUACUGAAUCCUCCAACCAGGAAAUACUAAAUCCUCCAACCAGGAAAUACUGAAUCCUCCAGCCAGGAAAUACUGAAUCCUCCAACCAGGAAAUACUGAAUCCUCCAACCAGGAUUUCUGGAAAACCACUGAAGUUACCUGAAUUUUUCAACCCUAAACAGAAGUAUUGAUAUGAACCCGUCUGUCACUAUAAUUAAACUACAGACAAUUAUUGUCCCUUACCACAUAGGCACUUACUGUAUCUGAAAAGGAUCAGAUAGGUAUGAUAUGGUAUGAUAUUGGUAUGGUAGUAGCUCCACCUUGCUCUCUGAUUGGUUAGGCAGAAUUGAGCCUGGGUUUACUGUCUUCGUUCCCCCCGUUUGUGUACAUUGGACAAUAAAGUUAUCUUAAUCUUUUCCCCAGAUCUCCCAGCUACCCGCCUCCCGGCUCUGUCAAGAGCAAGAAGAAGCCGAAGCCGGAACAAGAUGGCGUCUCUAAAUCCCACCGCCUGCUCCGUCAGACAUGCUCCAGCACCAUCAAACAGCAGGUUGAGGCAGAGGUCCCUGGGACCAAGACCACCCACCGUCUCCUUGGCCCCUCCCUGUCUAGCGCAGACCCCCGUAUGGAUCACGGAGGAGGGCCCUGCGCCGGACCCCUGCCCCUCAAACCCCUCCGCAUCCUGGGCAGGCCCUGCUCGGCUGUGGUCAAACCGGAGGACCUCCGCCCCGCUCCCCACAAGCUCCUGCCUCGCUCGUGCUCCGGCGACCCCCGCUGUGAGCACACUGGUGGGGGAGGAGGUGGUGGUGGGAUGGGCCUGCGUGGUGGAGGAGGUAGUCUUGGAGGUGGUUUGAAGCACCACAGGCUGCUCAGUAGGUCGUGCUCUGGUUCUAUCAGGACGGAGGAGCUGGAUGGACUGAAACACCACCACCUGCUCAGCAGGUAAGAUGUGAUAAUACGAAAAAGAGAGGGUGAUGGCAUCUGCCAAAUACACCUCAACAACAAAAGUAUUUUAGAAUGCAUUGGUGCUCUUUUUAUUAGAGGAAAUAGCAAUAGAAAAAUAGUUUUGUUGUUGCAGUCUUUUUGGGAGAUUGUUAUCACCCUUUUGUUAUGGCUUUACCCAGAUGAGAAACCGCAUUCCAUAGAAGCCUAUGGUAGCGCCUGAACUGUAAUCCGCCAAAGGAAAAAUGUGUUUAAUAAAUAAACAGACAAACCUCAUAAAUUCCUCCAUGUUACUGCAGGUCCUAAUACCUCAUCAGUACAUGUGACUCCAUGUUACUGCAGGUCCUAAUACCUCAUCAAUACAUGUGACUCCAUGUUACUGCAGGUCCUAAUACCUCAUCAAUACAUGUGACUCCAUGUUACUGCAGGUCCUAAUACCUCAUCAAUACAUGUGACUCCAUGUUACUGCAGGUCCUAAUACCUCAUCAAUACAUGUGACUCCAUGUUACUGCAGGUCCUAAUACCUCAUCAAUACAUGUGACUCCAUGUUACUGCAGGUCCUAAUACCUCAUCAAUACAUGUGACUCCAUGUUACUGCAGGUCCUAAUACCUCAUCAAUACAUGUGACUCCAUGUUACUGCAGGUCCUAAUACCUCAUCAAUACAUGUGACUCCAUGUUACUGCAGGUCCUAAUACCUCAUCAAUACAUGUGACUCCAUGUUACUGCAGGUCCUAAUACCUCAUCAAUACAUGUGACUCCAUGUUACUGCAGGUCCUAAUACCUCCAUGUAAUGCAGGUCCUAAUACUCAUCAGUACAUGUGACUCCAUGUUAAUGCAGGUUCUAAUACCUCAUCAAUACAUGUGACUCCAUGUUAAUGCAGGUCCUAAUACCUCAUCAAUACAUGUGACUCCAUGUUACUGCAGGUCCUAAUACCUCAUCAAUACAUGUGACUCCAUGUUACUGCAGGUCGUAAUACCUCAUCAAUACAUGUGACUCCAUGUUACUGCAGGUCCUAAUACCUCAUCAAUACAUGUGACUCCAUGUUACUGCAGGUCCUAAUACCUCAUCAAUACAUGUGACUCCAUGUUACUGCAGGUCCUAAUACCUCAUCAAUACAUGUGACUCCAUGUUACUGCAGGUCCUAAUACCUCAUCAAUACAUGUGACUCCAUGUUACUGCAGGUCCUAAUACCUCAUCAAUACAUGUGACUCCAUGUUUUUGCAGGUCCUAAUACCUCAUCAAUACAUGUGACUCCAUGUUACUGCAGGUCCUAAUACCUCAUCAAUACAUGUGACUCCAUGUUACUGCAGGUCCUAAUACCUCAUCAAUACAUGUGACUCCAUGUUACAGCAGGUCCUAAUACCUCAUCAAUACAUGUGACUCCAUGUUACUGCAGGUCCUAAUACCUCAUCAAUACAUGUGACUCCAUGUUACUGCAGGUCCUAAUACCUCAUCAAUACAUGUGACUCCAUGUUACUGCAGGUCCUAAUACCUCAUCAAUACAUGUGACUCCAUGUUACUGCAGGUCCUAAUACCUCAUCAAUACAUGUGACUCCAUGUUACUGCAGGUCCUAAUACCUCAUCAAUAUAUGUGACUCCAUGUUACUGCAGGUCCUAAUACCUCAUCAAUACAUGUGACUCCAUGUUACUGCAGGUCCUAAUACCUCAUCAAUACAUGUGACUCCAUGUUACUGCAGGUCCUAAUACCUCAUCAAUACAUGUGACUCCAUGUUACUGCAGGUCCUAAUACCUCAUCAAUACAUGUGACUCCAUGUUACUGCAGGUCCUAAUACCUCAUCAAUACAUGUGACUCCAUGUUACUGCAGGUCCUAAUACCUCAUCAAUACAUGUGACUCCAUGUUACUGCAGGUCCUACUCCAGCAGUACCAAGAUGGGCAAGGCUGUGGACAUCUUCAAGGACUCUGUGGCUCCGUCCGAGGGGAGGCGGCUCUCUCUUACCUCAGGGCUCAUCGGGAUCCUCGCCCCCUCGCUUGCCACGCCACCACCGGUCAGUAAGGCAGCUCGUGAUUGGUUGAUCGUGAUUGGUUGGCUGUCAGUAGUCCUCUCACGAUUGGUUGAUCGUUAUUUGUCAUAUUGGAAACAUGAAUUGUUAACCCAUUUUGGUGCACAGACAUGUAAAAUAAUAUAAUAAUUUAUAGAAAUAAACCUGGUUUAACUCAUAUCAUAUCUGAUGAUUAUUAAACAGCCCUCUCUUCCUCUACAGCCAAACAAUGGGGCCAAGUCUAUACCGAUAAGAGACCGAGGCUUCCUUGUUCAGGUAAAUACUGCCGACAAUACAUACUGUACACUACGGGGGGAGGGGAGGGAUAAAUGUGUAUUUGUGUAGUGUCUGUUGGUUUGCGUUUUUUGUUUGUGUUGUCAACUAUUAACCUUUAGCUGUGAAGGCUUUGGGAAAGCCACCCCCAUAAUACGGUUUUGUCAACAGCAGGUUUGAUCCACUGACAUGUGUUAUGCCGUGUUGUCUCUUCAGACCAUGGAGUAUGCUGAGCAGAGGACUCCGGUCCUGAAUGAGUUCUGUGUGGUGUGUGACGAACCACACGUCUUCCUGAACGGACCCAUGCUCCGAGUGAGUACACACACACACCAGACGCAGACACACACGGUACGCCUAGGGCCAAAACAGUCUACUGGACGUCCUAAUGAAAUGACUAUAGAUCAUUGUCCUAAUGAUAUGACUAUAGAUCACUAUCCUGAGUCCUAAUGAUAUGAAUAUAGAUCAUUGUCCUGAGUCCUAA